AUGAGCAGUAUCGACAUCGACGGUCCGCCCGAGGCGAAGCGGUUUCGUAUUGAUCUACCAACACAGGUUGUUCUCGAUGCUCCAAGUGUCUCAACAGCGUGCGCUUCAACGACCCCGUUGGCCGGUGAAGCUUCGACCGAAGGCCAAUCACCGGCGGCACCAUCUUCAGCCAGUUAUCGCUCAUCAAAUGGUAGUAUUGUCUCCGAGAGUCCCGUCAAAGAAGAAUCGUACAACGAGUUGAUAAAUGAUGAAUCGGAAGGCAGCACAGUGGCAGGAUCCACGACAAAUGGGGCGUCUUGUGAUUUACUCGACAUAUUCCAAUUCCGUUUUAAACGCUUUUAUUAUAAAUUAUUCCAGUUCGAUGAUUCAAUUUCACGUCCAUCAAUUCUCUCGAAAUCAGCUUCACCUCAGGCGCAGACGAUUCCUGGAGCUGUAGCCGUCGCACAAUCGCCAGCAGCUCAGCUUUUCGCCGAGUGUCUCAACUCGUUGCAGGACGACUGGAGCUGGCACCGCAAUCCGGCGGCGUCGAUUCGCAGCGGCGGCACGAACAAGCAGACGCCCGUCUGGAAGUAUUUCGUCUAUAAUAAAGCCGAGAAUCUGAGCAGAUGCAUCGUCGGCGAUUGCACCUACAUGCUCAAAGGACCACACACGUCGACGUUGGCGUGUCAUUUGAAGAAGCACACCAAGGAGUACGCCGAGUUUCAGAAGCUCAAAACCGAGUACUCGCGAAGCAAAAUCGAGAUGCAGCAGCAGCAGCCAAAGUCACACGAGAACACACGCGAGUUCAUGUCUCGUUCGCCAGACAGCGAUAUGUCUUCAAUACCGAAGCCAGCGAAGGUGAAGAAGGACACCCCUCGUGUCUCAAGUGAAGUGAAUAUGCUUCUGGCUGGUAAGCCGGUACCGGUGAAUCACACGCCGGCCGUUUCUUCGCCGGGCGCUCUUCCCACAAUGCCGGCGUUGAUGCAGAACAUGAUGAUGGGCAUGAAUCCGCUUCAGAUGAUGUUGGCGCACUCUUUGCCGACGUCGUCCAAUGGUCUCAACGCGCUUCAACACGCCGGCCUCUCACUGAAUCCGAACGGCCAGAUUGUGCCGUCGAAGAAAUGGCGACUCGAUGAGAAGAAGCAGAAGGACAUUCAGACGCGUUUGGCGUUGGCGUUGGCCACCUCGCACAUUCCGCUCGACGUUCUUCAGAAUCCCGCGUGGAAGGAGUUGUUCGAGUUCGCACAACCGAAAUUCAAUAUGGCGUUCGAGACGAGCCAAUUGGAGAUCGCUGUGAGCACGCUCAACUCGAAAUUGAAUCAAUCGUUGAAGGCGUUGCUCAGCGCCUCGCGAAAAGUCAACCUUCUCGUCGAUGUGUCGAAAUUGACGAACGACGCGAUGAAGAUCACAAUUGGCGCCGCGAUUCCGGCGGGUUCGGGAAACUCGUAUGAAACGCAGGUCGUGCUGCUCGCCAUCAAGAAUCUCACCAACUCGGACACCGCCGUCGAUGAUAUUUCCAAGGCCAUCGAACAGGUUAUCUCCGACUAUAGCAUUCCGAGCGAAACGAUCAAUCGAAUUGUGUGCUCGAAUGUCAAGACAUUGACGGAAGAAAAGUUCAAGAUUGCCGACAAGAGGAUUUCGUCGUUUGCGACUCUUCUCCUCGGUUGCCUGUUUGAAUGGCUCGAUCAUAGUGCACACGUGGAUUCAGUCAAGAAAGACCUAUUCACGAUGGUGUUCUCGGUGAUCGCCAAUCAAGUCGCAUUCCAAAUUGUUACCAAAUUGAAUGGCGGGAAAUUCGAUUUUCCGAUUACUGAGCCGUUUCCAAUUCUCGUCGAAAGUGUUCUGAAUAUGCGCGAAUGCUUCAAAUUGAAUCAAAUCGAAGGAUUCACCGCAUUAACGGAUGUUCAUUGGCGCAAAUUGAAUGGAAUCCAUGGCAUCUGCAACAUGUUCAAGCCGUUUGUUGGCUAUUCGAGCGAUAUGACAACGAUCGACACCGUGAUUCCCACGAUUCAACAGCUUCUCAGCGGUUUGGAGAAGGAUGUUCACCAGCUUGGCGAAAUGGGCGACGAAUUGAAGGCGAUUAUCGAGCAGAAGCUCGAAUUUAUCACGAAUCCCGAACAUCCGGAUUUUGAUCCGAUCUACUUGCAGGCAACCGCGUUGAAUCCGCAACUCGCCGUCCAUUUGAAUUCGGAUCAAUUGGCGGCGGCGAAAAAACUGAUUCGACAAGAAGUGUCGAAGCGCACGAAAUGGCGCGAGAACAGCGGCAAAAAGUUGGCGAUCGGGGUCGAUUCGAUAUUGGCGAAUGUCAUCAAAUCGGGCAACGACGGACGCGACGCGUUGUCGAUUUAUGGCGAUUUGUUUCAGACAAUGAACAAGAAGGAUGGCGAUGAGAAUGGCGACGAAAUUGUUGAGCAGUAUUUCGAAGAAAUCACGCAUACGAAGCCCGUCGAGAGUCUGUUCAAUCCGAUCUUCCGCACGUUCGGAAAUCCAAUGCAAGCGCCAUUGGCAUAUUGGAAAUCGUGUUCGGCGAAAUGCAUCGACUUGUCCGAUUACGCGUCCGAGUUGCUGUCGAUUCCGAUUUUCACGUUGACAGCGGAUCGUGUGAUGACGUACACGCAGAAUCCGUCGCCGUACGCGCAGUUCAACUCGAAUUUGAUCUCGGAGCAUUCGGAUCAUUUGGAGCGUCAACUUCUCCUUCGAUUCAACAAAAUGUUGGUCGCCAAUAUAUUGUAA